GCAGCAAGCAGCAGGAGCCGCCGCCGCGUUCGAUUCAGUCGGCCCCAGCGGCGCUCAGACAGCGGUAGCGAGCAGCGCGGCGGCUCGGAACCCGACCAGGCGGGCAUCGGUAGGACCCCAGGUCGCCACGCCGUACUUGGGCCAGCCCGACACGCUUCCCAGCCGUACCAUGCGGGCCGUCGCGUCGCAGCAUGCCCGCAGCGCCCCCGGAGACCCAGCCGGAGCUGACGCCCAAGCCGUCCACGUCCACGGCUGACCCUGAACCCACGCCCCGGAGGCAGGAGGAUGACGGUGCUGAAAACACCGCGGCGGCCUCCCAGCCAGAGUUGGCAUCGGAACCAUCCACGUCCACGGCCGAGCCCCGAGCCCAGAGCCGGCAGCAGGAUGGGGAGCAGCGUCCCUCCUGGCUGGAGCUGUUUCCUCCUCAGCCGUCCACGUCCACGGCUGGCCAGAAGCUCGGACCUGGCGACAUGUGUCCUCCAGGCAAAGAGCGCCCGGGUCGGUCCCAACAGCAGUGCCCGCCUCGUCGGCGCCAGUACCGCUCCAAGUCGGCCGUGUCCAGCGAUCCCCGCAGCCCUUACUACAUCAGCCAGGGCAUCCAGAGCAACGAGGCUGUGCGGCGGUCGCCCAGCAUGUCGUGCGUGCUCGACGCGAUCCGCAGGGAAGCCCGCGAGGGCGACGUACCCGGGGUGUCCAAGGCGGCUCUGGAGAAGUCCUCCGUGGCCACCAUCAGGCAGCACUACUACCCUGAGGGAGGCUGGGGAUGGGUCGUCUGCGUAUGCGUGCUGCUUGUGCACAUCAUUACUCACGGACUGCACGGUUCGUUUGGACUGCUCCUGAUCGUGGUCAGGGACCAGUUCAAGCCGGAGGUCUUCCCGCUGCCCGCAGUGUGCCUGGGUGCGGUGUCCACGUCGGUGGCGCUGUUCCUGUCCCCCGUGGUGGUGUCGGCGUGCCGACGCAAGAGCACCCGCAUGGUGGCCGUGCUGGGAGGCCUGGUGGCCGCGCUGGGCUGCCUCUUCACUUCCUUCGCGUCCCAGUUCCACCAGCUCUUCUUCAGCUACGGCCUGGUGCUGGGCUGCGGCGUCGCCAUGACCCGGGACACGUCCGUCUUCAUGGUCGGCCAGUACUUCAAGAAGCGCCGGGAGAUGGUCGAGGUCAUCCUGGCCGCCGGCACGGGACUCGGAGUCGCCGUGGUCCCCGUCUUCGUUGUCGAGUGCAUACGGGUGGUGGGCUGGCGACUGGGCCUACAGGCGCUGACGGGCAUCGUGUUCGCCAUGUUCGUGCUGGGCAUCUUCUACCGGCCCGCGUCGCUGUACCACCCUCAGCGACGCGCCAUCCUGCACCUGAAAAGCAUGCAGAAGCGUUCCAAGGCCAAGGACAAGAACGCCCAGGCCGCGGAGAAGCCCCCGUUCCUGGACUACGCCGUCCUGCGCUCGCGCACCGUCCAAAUCCUCGUGGCCGGCACGGCCCUCGCCGCCUUCGGAGUCAGCACGCCCAUGGUGCUUCUGAUGCAACUGGGCGAGCAAGAAGGGCUAGAACGGCACUCCCUUCUGCUGCUGCAAGCGUACCUGGGGCUAGCCUGCGUGGUGGGCAGUGCGGGCUUCGGCCUGGUUGUCAUCAAGAACAGCAUGCAGUGCCUGAUCGCGCGCCAGUACCUGUGUCAAGCGGCCGCCCUAAUGAUCAGCGCCGCGCUGCUCGCCUUCACCGCCCUGCACCAGUACCACGGCUAUCUGCUCUUCGUCUGGAUCUACGGCGUCUUCUACGGCGGAUACCAGUAUUCGCUCAAGAUGUACACGCUCGAGAAGGUUCGCGCCCGCAACUUCGCCAAGGCAUGGGGCUUCGUCCAGUGCUCCCAGUCCCUGCCCAUUCUCGUCGGGGUCCCGCUGGCAGGGUUCCUCAACGAACAAUUCGGUGCCCGGACGGGCUUCUACCUGUCCUCUGCGUUCGCCUUCUUGGGGGGCAUAUCGCUCUUUCUUAUCGACGUGCACAAGAAGCAGAUUCGGCGCAAGCAGCGGCCAGACUGCCGCCGCUGCUCGGACGCCCUGCCGAACACGGGCUCUCGGAGGUCCUCCCUCCAGGACUCCCUGUGCAGUCAAGCGCGACUUCAGCAGCGGAGCUUCACCUUCAGCAACUACGCGGACCUGCGCCGCCAGGAACUCACCUGCAUCUCGGAGGAAGCCAUCAUGGACAACUUCCUGGAAGACCUGAUCGACGACUGCAUCACCUCGUGCAACAAGGAGGAGAAGUACCUGAUGCUCAGCGAAUACGAGAACAACCUGAACAAGACACAGGAGACGCUGGACCGGCGAAUGCGUGGUGUGCGCAGGGCGUCCAUCUUGCUUCCGUACAAGUACGACCAGUGCCCCAGCUGCAUGCGGCUCAUGCCCGUGCAGGCCAACGGCGAGCCAGCACCAAGGACGUCGUCGCCCAGGAGGAUGCAACGGCCCUCCGUGGAAGUGAUCCAAGAGGUGACCACGACGCUUUGACGGCCCACGCACGCGCGUUUGGGUUGCGGAUUGCUGAAGAGUCAGCUGGGAUGCAUGCCGUCUUUCAAAACAGUGUUCAGGCUCGUCGCCGUAAGGACAGCGUUGUCGAACUGCCAAAAUGCUUAGCCCUCUACCUGGCUCAAAAAGGUGUGACUGACCUUGAAUUAUGGCGACAUCUCUGCGAGGUGAGAUACAGUGGUGAGAUACAGGGACAUGGAACGGUGCGCGCCUUCCGCACUGUGGAUUGAGAUGAGUGAACAGAUUUGGGUUUGGUCGUCAUCACGGCCGCGUCGCCCACUACUGCCAUUAGCAGUCCCGUGCAUGUAUCUGGGGGACUGGCUACCAAGAAUUGGGAGUGUAAGUUUCGGAAAGCAGGCUUGAAGGGCAUUACUCUCGGCACCAUACAAAACUGUUUCAUAGUUUGUAUACGUUUACAUCUUCGUGACGCGUACAACUGCAUAGGCAAUAUGUUUUUUCAUGUGUCAGGUAUUUAUUUAACUGAUGAUUAGCAAGCCGUUAAUCAUGUAUAUGAUGCUUUCGGUGGAAUCUUGAGUUAAUAAAGUCUUUCUAUGCGAA